UUCGACCAGUAACCGGCUCUCUUGCAGUACGGCUGGAUGCCGUAAGCGCAAUUUCUUUGCCUUCUUCAUACUGCACGUGAAAGACAGUGUUACUAGUCACUACACUUUAUCAUGCAUAGCUGACAGCGGUGUUAUACAUUCAAUUUUGCUUUCAUUCCUUUGCUUAGUCACCUUUCGCCUCAAGUCUUCAGAGCCUUUUCCUGCUUCUCUUUGUCUUCCAAUACUGCUGGUAGUACUUUCAACUACUGGAGGGACCCGCUCUGAAAGCGGAGUGACGCGGCACAGAUAGUCCCAAGGCGCCAUUAGGGCCCUGGCUGCUGCCAAGGACUUUCAACUGAAUUUACGCAGCUUGGUGAUAGGGAUUGAUCACUCAGCUAGCAUUCGCUCGGUUCCGUGGGAGUUCGCAGCUUGUCAUCCUUCCGCAGUACAAGGCUGGCAGCGUCUUGGGCAGCUUGUAUCGCUUACUAACCUUCCUAGGCCUUCAACUUGACGUUCGCAAUGUUUGGGAACGCUGCUGCGGCUGCUGCGGCGGCUGGUUUUGCUACAGACCAGCAGCUUGGCGUGUACCCGGUCUUCGGCGCCCCGGUGCCUGCGGGCGGGGUCUUGGCAGCCGGCGGAGCUGCGCCCACGUUGUCGCCCACAGGAGAAGAGAUACGCACCAUAUUCGUGACGGGUUUCCCUUCAAAUGUGCACGAUAGGGAGCUGCACAACCUUGUGUGCUUUCUACCGGGCUACGAAGCAUCGCAGAUGAACACAAAGCCGACGACCGGAACAUCACCCCAGGGCUUCGCGCUCUUCAACUCCCCCGCCGCAGCUCAAGCCGCGAUGAUUCUAUUGCACGACAUGCAGUUUGACACCGACUGCCAUCUCCGCUGCGAGAUGGCACACAAGAACAUGUACCUUAAGGACGAUCCCUCUAUUCGGCGCGCUGAUGCCCGGCGCAGCGCCGCGGCUGUCGGUCUCUCCCCGGGAGGCGGAGUGCCAGGUUCCGGCACUGGGAUGCUGGCGGGUGUUUCGCCAAUGGCGCCCAUGGCCCUGGCAGGCAGCGGCCCGCCCUUCACCGCAGCUGGUAAGCAGUUUGGCAUGGGCCCCCACACGUUCAGCGGCUCCCUGAUGGCUUCCACGCUGGCCGCCCUCCGGCCCGCCGCCGUACACCACCACGCGGUGGGCGGCACCCUGCUGCCGCCGCCGGGCCAGGCGGCGGCCAUGGCGGCGCAGCACGCCGGGCUGAUCAACCCGACGCCAGUGGCCGGCUUUGGCCCCGUCACCAACAAGUUUGAUAACCCGCCGUGCAACACGCUCUUCAUUGGCAACCUGGGUGACACGGUGGACGAGGGCGAGCUGACGGCGCUCUUCUCCUGCCAGCCGGGCUACAAGCAGCUGAAGCUGCUGCGACACCCACGACAGGUCAGCUGCUUUGUGGAGUUCGUGGACGUGACCAGCGCCUCUGCCGUGCACAGCGCACUGCAGGGGGCCCUGCUCACCUCAUCCGACCGCGGCCCCAUCCGGAUCCAGUACUCCAAGAACCCGUACGGAAAGCGCUCACCCCAGAUGGGAGGCGGCAUGGGUGCCGGGCCUUAUGGUGGCGGCGCAUCGCUGUCCGCGUCCUCCGCCUCCUCCUCCGCGGCUCUCCUGGGUGCUGCGGCCGCCGCAGGUAUGGCUGGCGGCGCGGGGGGCAUGGUUCCGGCCUCCAUGGCUAAUGCGCUCAUGGCUGCAUCGGCGGGAGGCGACUUCAGCAACUGGCCCCAGCCCUUCUCCCUGGGCUAAGGUUGAGGCUGAAUGGCGCUGUGAGGUCUAGUGGGGUCGCGGGUAUUGAUGUGCCGGUGCGCUGGCUGGGACCGUAUGGAACUGUUCAAUGGAAUGAUGCGGGUAUUGGGGUCAACUUUGCUGCCGCGUAACUGAGCCUGUGUGUAACGUCGGGGUAAUAGGAUGGAGUGUAUGUGCCGUGUGUAUGUGGAAUGGUGUCAAAGCGUGCCUGUUGUUAUCCAUGAUGGUGCAGGGGCUGUGCGCACCCUCUGCGAUGUCUGUCAUAGGGGGUUUGAUGUUGAAUGGGAUUAUAAGGCAUGAGGGCAAGUAAUGCACCAGGGUCAGGUGUUCGGGCCAUGUGCGCUUACGUGCUCUGCCGUCUAGCAACAAAACGUUGCAGCGGGUAUGGGAUUGAAGGGGAAAUGUUACAAUACACGGAUUGCCAUGAAAGGGCUCAAUGUGUCGACUGCGGAUGCUGUGUCCGGUAAGGAACUAAGGAUGCGUAGGCCGCGCAGGGACGCUCAUGGUACUUGGGGUGGGUCAUGUGUGUCACAGUAGUGUAGCAUCGGCUUUUGGCCCGCGCGGCUCCUUUCCGCACCAAGACUUGGGUCCGGAAGGCUGUGUUUCGGCAUAAGGGCUCUCUGGCGGUCAACAUUAUUGCAAAACCAUGUGCCUGCAAAUGGCCAAUGCCGGGGUUGUUUGGGCAGUGGAGUGCAAUUCUAAUGGGCGAGCAGAGAGGCAGAGCGGCUGGCCGGGUUUAUUCUGAUGUUUUCAGGUUGUAAGGGAUAGUGCACUGUUACUGGUACUGGUACUAAGGCUUUUGUUCUGGAGCUGCAAUUCACAGUUUUGGGAUAUGCCACAUGGGAAUUCUGAUGUGCGUGAGGAUGAGAAGCGGCCCUGUUUUUUGAAAUAAUGGGCCAUGUGUGGGUGGGUGUGUCUGCGCGCGCGCAAAUUUCGUGUGUUAACAGGACUGGCCGCGAGACUGUGGUUCCCUGUGUGUCAGUGGGUUUUGCUUUUAAGAAAGCUCCUAAAGAGGUGUGACGGGGGUGUAUGUUUGUGCUACUGGUCCAUCCCGGGUUUCUGCCCGUGCAAGGCGUAAACCUAAACCGGGUCGUUGGAUCUUCUGGAAUGGUUUAUGCUCGAAACCCCUAGAAUUGGCGUUGCCAAGAGCUGCACGAUUGGUGUCUGCCAGUGAGCUGCUUUCACACAAGGGCAAGCUGCAGCCGCUGCGGUCAUUGUGGAUUGUCCUGCAGAGCUUCACCGGACAUUUCCAAUACCUACUAGGAACCACAGGUGGAAUCCCAAUAUCUUUUCCGUGUCAGUUUCUUGCGGACUGGUUUGUUGUAGCAGUCGUCGAUGCCAUUGCUGCAUCCUGGGCAGGACGUGUUGUGAACCUGUGUGGCGAUGUUGGGGUUUUGCCGGUCAUUCCAUGGAGCCUCAGUUUGAAACGGACCCUUUCGCCGGCACGGGACCACAUACUCCUGAUGUAGUGGUGUUUUAUCUCGGUUUUGCAGACCCGAAGUGGUUUAGAGGCUUAUGCUGUCUGUCAUGAUACUCCAGACCUGAGUUGACUUCUAUGAGCGCUUAUGGCACUGGCGAGGACUGCGGGUGUGCAGAAAACGUUUUGGAACGGAUUUUGGUGCGGAAUUUUUCCAAUCCGGAUGUUUCGGGCUUAGUAGGAAUGCUGGCGUUCCGAGGCCAGGGAGGGUGGAAGCGUUCACAUCAUGGUGGGUGCAUGCGCACGCACACCAGCAAAAGCAUCUAGGGCCGCACCACAUAGCAUAUGUGCUACAUUUGCUAUUGCUUAAGCUCGUGCAAACGGUGGCCCCUUGCCAUAAACACCGGUAGACAUGAUACAUUUGUGCAUCGGUGGCGGCGAAAGGCAUGGACACGCUGUGCUGCCUGCUGUCUUGUCGUGGAGCUGUGUGCUAUGAGGUUGAAGCUGCAUCCUCGUGUUGGUUGCGCCUAACCCCGCUGUGCCCUCGUUUGCUCUGAUUGCUGGACGUGGCCUAAAUACUGGGUGAUUGUUAAUGAGGGAGCGCAGCUAGUUAUUGAACACAUCCGUUCAUGUGUCACCUUUGCUUAGGGCCCGGGAAAGCAGCUGCUAGGCUUUGGGAGGAUGGCUGAAUGGUGAGUCGAGACGGAACAUGGCUUAUGCUUUGUGCGAUGUAUGGAUUGAGGAGACCAGCCUUGCCGGGUUGGGCAUCAGCGGUAUGUCUGUAUCAACAGAGCUGCGUGUGUUUGUUCUGCGUGCUUGUGUUCGUGUAUGUGUCUCUUAGGAUGGAUGAUACUACUAAAAAAAGCAGAAAUGGGCUUGCUUCCUGUAGUGUUGUCCCUGCGUGCUGUCCUUGUGUGGGAGGUCCUUGCAAGGCGCAAUGUGAGGUAGUUUGCCGGACAAAUUUGCUCUAAGGGGGACGGCUCCAGGCGAGCACGAUUAAUGCUAGCUGGAGUGCCGUUUUGAUGUUUGAACGGGGAGGCUCGGGGCGUCUGUCUCCUGCCCUGUGCUCCGGUUCCAUGGCCGUUCCAUUGCAGAUGGCGAACUUCAUGAUGCUGUGACGCUGAUGGUGCUCAUGUUGACGUGAUGCAGGCAACAAGCAAGGUAGGCAGGACCCCAUGACAUCAUUAAUAGCCGUGUAUGCGCGCCUGUGCCGGUGUGCGUGCCUAUACCUAAUGGGGUCUCCGUAGUGAAGUUCCAUGUCAUCCACAGAUCCAUUAAAGCGUGUACUGGUCGCAUACACGGGGUACUGAGUAUGUCGGGAGCCCCGCAUAAUCGUGCGCCCUGCGAUGCUGUCUUGGACAGCUUCCAUGCACUGCUGGCAAGGCAUUGCGCUUUCCGUACUUCCCGAUGCCGUGCAAGGGACUCCUGCAUACGAUCAAGCAAGCGGCUGUAUUGCACGUUUGGAGGAAGCUCCAGGGUUCAUUUCGUGUCUGGAUUGCUUUUUCGCAGCCCGCGCGAGGAUGCUCAAUGUGUCGUACGAGAUUUGUGAUGAGCGGUGUGGUGGUGGUAUGAGACAAGGUAGGGUGCUUGGUCCUGCUUUCUACACCAACAUGACUACAAAAUUUGUGAAUUGCAGUGGAUUGUAUGUGUUUAUGUCAAUUGAAGUGACGUGUACCUUUUUGUCGAUGCAGAGGAAGGGUGCUGAUGAUGUGUUUUGUGGGUGCGAGCAAUGCGUGCGUCAGGCGAGAAUUGUGGGCAGUUCCGUUGGUGCGUUCGUAAUCUGUCCAAGUUUUUUGUGCGCGUUGUUGGAAGAGACGGUUUCAACGUUCUGUGGCCGCGCGCAUGUGCUGUUUGCCUAGUCGGGUCGGACAAAAUAUGGCUUUAGCCAAAAAUCCACACUAAAAACUAAAAACUUAAGUACUCAAGUGGGAUAACGAGGUUAGACAUCGCUUAGUAGGCUUUGGCCUAUGCCUAUACUGCCUCCCUGCAGUGUCACGGAUUCAUGGGAUUCAUGUGACGGCGGUACUGUCCUUAACCCCCAAGGUAACCCCCGUGUGUAUUUUUCCACGGUA